AUGCCUUUCUCCCGGGCAGGGUUCAAGGGCGAGAAGGACCACUGGAGGAGCCGGCGCACCAUCUGCGUGAAGACCCACGAGAGUGGCAGGAGGGAGAUUGAGAUGUUCGACUCGGCCAUCCUGCUGAUCCGGAACCCGUACAGGUCCCUGGUGGCCGAGUUCAACAGGAAAUGCGCCGGGCACCUGGGCUACGCGGCUGACCGCAACUGGAAGAGCAAAGAGUGGCCGGACUUUGUCAACAGCUACGCGUCAUGGUGGUCGUCGCACGUGCUGGACUGGCUCAGGUACGGCAAGCGGCUGCUGGUGGUGCACUACGAAGAGCUGCGGCGCAGCCUGGUGCCCACGCUGCGGGAGAUGGUGGCCUUCCUCAACGUGUCCGUGAGCGAGGAGCGUCUGCUCUGCGUGGAGAGCAACAAGGAGGGCAGCUUCCGGCGGCGCGGCCGGCGCCCGCACGCCCUCGAGCCCUUCACCCCCGCGAUGAAGGACCUGAUCAACGGCUACAUCCGGACGGUGGACCGGGCCCUGCGUGACCACAACUGGGCCGGGCUGCCCCGGGAGUACGUGCCCAGAUGAUAGGCCCCGGCCCGCUCUGCCCGCCCCGCUGGGAGCCGGCCGCCCCCGCGGGGCUACGCACGUGCUCAAACGCUCGGGUGCCCCCCUGGGAUGCUCGGGUGCCGACGCCACCUGCAGGGAGGUCCCCCCGCCCCGGGGCUGCCUGCCUCCCGCACGGGGAGACUGGACGUGAGCCCCGGCCAGGCGGACCCGAUGUCACAGGAUGGACGCAAAGGGACACGCACUCCUAGCCAGACCCGCUUAGACCUGCCACUCGCUGCUCGCGGUGCCCGAACGCGCCUAAGCCACCACCCCGGCUGUGCCAGACACUCCCAGACUUGCAGGCGCGAACGUUGAUGCAGGCGUGCGGACGCCAGGUUGUGCGUUCCUAGGGGCUGCCUGUCCGUCUCUCCCACACGCUGACACACAGGUGCACCCUGGGCUCUCGGAGGCCCCGGGCUUCCUGUUUCCAGCCCGGUGCAGGCUUGCUGCUCAGGGGCUUUGACUGGGGGAUACCGGGCUGGGCGAGCUUAGUGCUCUGAGGACCCGGGACCCCGGCCCGGAGAUGGGCCCACAGCCUGUGUCCGCCGGGCCGGGCAGCCCCGACCGUGCGCCUGCAUCCCGCAGCGUGUGUGGCGCAACGACCGGGCCCCGCCAGCUCUGCGGCCCCGCCUCUCCCUUCGCUGGGGGUGGGCUGCUGGCACCACGGGUGGAGCGGAGCUGCCCACACAAACCCCGCGCCUCAGGACCGGCCACAAGCUCCGUGCACCCCCGACCCCCCGUCCAAUAUCAGCACUCCCUGGAGUGGGCGCCUCCUUGCCUGGCUUCUUUCUCCGACUGUCCCCAUAAAGCUGGCGCUUCGUUGCGUGUCCCAGAAGCAGGGUGUGGGGGCGAGGAGACGGCAGGGCAGGGAAGGGGCUGGGCCUCCAGGGGAGCCCUAGACCUGAGGGCCCUGUACG